UGGCUGUGUUUAGAUUCAGUAUAGGUUUUCAAGUUAUAUAAUUAUCAAUUAUAGAAGCUAUCGCCAUCUACUGUUCUCCUGGCUGCUUUCUUGAUAAAUGCCUCACACUUUGACAACCCUAACCAAAAACUUCGUACUUUCAGUCCCCCGGUCAAAAUUAAAACUCACGUCAAGGUCGACCUUGGGGCCCGACAUGAAUAUCGAUGGGCCAUCCAGUGUUCCAGUUCCGAGCGGAUUGACCCACCCAGCUCAAAGUUCGGGCAACAUUGUCCAAACGGCCACGACGCCCAUCACCGUGUGCUUGAUUGAAGAUCCACGGUUGUUGGCCGUGGCCGACGAUCUGCCCGCUAUUCGAGGACGAGCCUCCCGAGUAUCUAGUCUGUUGCGAAGCUAUGGUAUCACUUCCCAAUUGCAAGUGAUACCCGCCCCUUUGGCCUCGGUGGAAGAUCUGAAUGCCUUUCACUCUUGGGAUUAUCUGGAAGUCUUGCAAAAGUUGGAAGCCGAUGACGAGUUGCCGGAUGAAGUGCUGGAUGACUACGGACUUUUGCACGAUUGUCCAAUUUUGCCUAAAAUCUUGACCGUUUGUCGGGUCUUAGGAGGAGGCUCCAUCAAAGCGGCCCAAUGUCUGGCCAACGGCUCUGGCCAAGUGAGUGUUAAUUGGCAUGGAGGCUGGCAUCACGCCCAACGGGAUCAUGCCGCGGGGUUUUGUUAUGUCAACGACGCGGUCCUAGCCAUUCUCGAGCUGAAGAAGACCUUCAGUCAUGUCCUGUAUUUGGAUUUAGAUAUUCACCAUGGGGAUGGGGUGGAAAAUGCCUUUGCCUUUACGCCCAACGUUUUUGUGGCCUCCAUUCAUUUGUGGGAAUCCGGUUUCUAUCCCGGAUCGGGCACGGCCGAAGAUCAAGGUCUAGGGCGAGGCCAAGGAUUUUCCUUGAAUGUACCUCUGAAACGCGGCACCACGGAUGAAAGGUUUACUCGCACAUGCCAAAGAUUAGUUGACCGAAUAUUGGAAAAAUUUCAACCCGACGCGAUUGUUUGUCAACUCGGUUGCGAUGGUCUGAACGGUGAUCCUUUAGGUGGAUUUAACCUUACCCAAGAAGCGUAUGUGAAUUGUGUGGCCAUUUUGAAGCGCUUGGAAAAGCCACUGCUUCUUCUAGGCGGAGGGGGCUAUAUCUGGACUAAGGCUGCCAUUACUUGGACGUCAGUCAUGGCUUCCAUUAUGUCCGUUCAUCUGCCGUUAGAUAUCCCCGAGGAUGAUUUGUAUUUCUUAGAGUACGGGCCGAGUUACGACCGUUUGAUAACCAAGAGUAAUAUCAAAGAUGAAAAUUCUGACCUUAAAAGUAAGUCCGGUAAUUAUGGUCAAAAUCUUAUUUCAUGACCGUUAGCAGCAGUUCUUUGGCGAAUUAUUUUACAAUAGAUUCAAUUAAUACCACCACAAUGUCGGUUAUUCGAAUUUCAUGUUUCUUGUGUACUGUGAAUACAUCAACUGGAAAUAGUUGCAGACCAACCGUCA